AUGUCGAAUAAAGCUUCAUUACAAGGUUCAUCAUCAGUCAGUUCAGUUUUAUUUCAUAUGUCAUCAUCUGUUGUAGCUCGUCCACGUUCCUUCUUUUCACAAUUAAUCAUGACCAUCACUGUUUAUGCUCUUCUCAUUGGAUUUCUACCAUGUAUAUCAUGUUCACCUACACCAUUAUCAAAUCCAAUCGAAAAUAACAAUAAUAAUAAUAAUAAUAAUAAUAAUAACAAAAUUACUUAUGAUUCGAAUGAAUUGAUGCAUGAUCUAAAUGAUUAUCAUACUGGUUUGCAACAAGAUUCAUCUUCAUUAUCAUCCUCCGUCCAUGAACAACCGUUUUCAGGAUCAUCAUCAUUAUGGUAUGGUCAACCACGAACACAGGCUAAUCAAUUUUUAAUGUCGCAUGUCAAUGACAACGACAUUGUGGUACCCAAAUGGUUUACACAACUUAACAACAAUAAUGAUGAUGAUAUUGAUGAUUAUUAUCCAUCAGAUAUAUCGGUCAACAAACGAUAUUCAUUUUAUAAUCCCGGAGGAUAUCCAAAUUUAAAAAAGCGUAAACAAGUAACAAAACCUCCUAUGGAAGUUAUGAAUGAAAUUGUCAAUUCAAUAUAUCUUAAACGUUAA